CUUCUUUACCUGUUCUCUCUGUCUCCCUCUUUCUCUCUCUUUUCCCUUUCUUUUCUCUCCACUCAGAAGAUUCCGAUGACGGCAGACGAUAAGACGACGAAGACGACGGCACAGCCGGUGGUUGAUGAGGCUAUCGAGCGGGGCUGGGAAAUCCCCAAUUUUACUAUCAAGGAGAUCAGAGAUGCUAUUCCGGCCCACUGCUUCCGUCGAGACACAUUCCGUUCAUUCACCUACGUAUUCCACGACGUCUUCAUUAUCGCCGUCCUGGCUUAUGCUGCGACGUACAUUGAUACUAUCCCAUCAGCAGCUGCCCGUGUCGUGCUGUGGCCCUUGUACUGGAUUGCCCAGGGCGUCGUCGGCACCGGUGUGUGGGUCAUUGGCCAUGAAUGCGGCCAUCAAGCCUUCAGCCCGUCCAAGGCUAUCAACAAUGGCGUUGGCAUGGUGCUGCACUCUGCACUGCUUGUCCCUUAUCACUCCUGGAGAAUCUCACAUUCCCGUCACCACAAGGCCACCGGCCACAUGUCCAAAGAUCAGGUCUUCCUUCCCUCAACACGCUCCGCAGUCGGCUUGCCAGCACGCGAUCUUGAUCCUGAGGGCGAUGGCCCGCACAGCGCCUUUGAUGAGUCCCCGAUUGCCGCACUCUGGGGCAUGUUCCUGAUGUUUGGCUUCGGCUGGCCCUUGUACCUGCUCACCAACAUUGCUGGCCAAAAGUAUCCUGGCUGGGCCUCGCACUUCAACCCGUACUGUGCCAUCUUUGAAGAGAACCAGUUCUGGGACGUCAUGCAAUCGACAGCCGGUGUCUCAGUGACGAUCGCCAUCCUCACCUACCUCGGCCAGACCUUUGGCCCCCUUGCCGUCAUCAAGUUCUACGUGAUCCCAUACUUUGGCGUCAACUUUUGGCUCGUGCUCAUCACCUACUUGCAGCACACCCACCCCGAUUUGCCGCACUAUCGCGAGAACGUCUGGAAUUUCCAGCGCGGUGCUGCUCUCACCGUCGAUCGUUCCUUUGGCAUCCUGGAUUACUUCCACCACCACAUUUCCGACAGCCACGUUGCCCACCAUUUCUUCUCGACCAUGCCCCACUACCACGCUGUGGAGGCCACGCAUUACAUCAAGAAGGCUCUGGGCAAGCACUACCAGUCGGAUAUGACCCCCAUUGCUGAUGCUUUGUGGCAGUCGUGGAAGCAAUGCCGAUUCGUUGAAGAUGAAGGCGAUGUCGUCUUUUUCAAGAGCUAGACUGUCUUAUAUACUUGCUACAUAACAUAAAUACAGAAAGCCCCUCUCAUACUUUUCAUCUUAUCCUAUACUCACACACACACACACACUCUCUCUCUCUCUCUCUCUCUAUCCUCUGUUUCUACAUUUCAUCUUGUAUAUCUUCAUUUAAUUUGCU